AUGGAUGCCCAGAAGCCCGCGAAGCGAGUAGCAAUUAUCGGUGCAGGAAUCUCGGGGCUGGUAUCAUUGAAAGAAUGUCUCGCCGAGGGUUGCAAAGCCGACGUCUUCGAGACCCGCUCGGAAAUUGGCGGGCAAUGGGCAUACGAAGCAGCUCCAAACGCAAAAGGCGAACUGCAAUCGUCCAUGUACGACGGCGUGGUCAUGAACUCAUGCCGGGACACAACAGCCUUCAGUGACUUCCCCAUCGACCCUGCCACGCACGGCGACUACCUCGGCCACCGGCAGAUGCACCAGUACAUCCUGGCGUACGCGGACCACUUCGGCCUGAAGGAACACGUCAAACUGCGGACCCGGGUGCUCAGCUGUACACAAGCUGACAACGGGAAGUGGGCGGUCAGGUAUCAGGAUGCAGAGAGCACCAACAGUUGUGACGUCUGGGAGGAGGCCACAUACGAUGCCCUGAUCGCAGCAACGGGGGUCAACACCAUCCCCAACCUGCCCGCCUUCACGUCCCGCGAGAGCUUCAAAGGCGAGUUCCUCCAUAGCCACUUCUACCGACGCCCUGGCGUCUUCGAAGGCAAACGCGUCGUCCUCAUCGGCAUCGGCAGCGCGGCUGUCGACUUAGCCUGUGAGCUCGCCGCCGCAUCGCGAGAAAUCCACGUCGUCACGCGGCGAGGCGGCUGGGUUCUCCCAAGAUAUGUUCUCGGAAAGCCCGUUGAAGCCUGGGAUAACCGCGCAACGCAAGUCUGGGUCCCUGCUAGAGCAGCCGAGUACAUCCAGACUUGUCUCCUGGACCUGGUGCUGGGCAAGCACCCCAAGGAACUGCAGCCGGACCACCGGCUGCUGCAGCAAAACCCGACAAUUCGGACUGAGUUCGUGGAGCGUGUGCGUACAGGGGCUCUGAAAAUCCAUCGUGCAGAGGUAGCAUGUUUCACUGAGACCGGACUUAAGCUCAGCGAUGGGACGGCAGUAGAUGCUGAUGUUGUCAUCGCGUGUACCGGGUACCUGCAUGCGCACCCGUAUCUCCCCGCUGACGUGCUCCGCAACGCUGAGACGCCAUACUUCGGGAUUUAUGUUUAUAAGCUUAUCGUCCCCGCGCGAUACGAGAAUAUUUACUUCGUAGGCAUGAUCGAGGCCCCCGGCCCCGCGCUGCCCCCUAUGGAGGCCCAGGCGCGCUUCGCCGUCGGCAUCAUCACAGGACGGGUAACUCCACCCGCGGGCGAGGCGCUAAUGAGGGAGAUCCGCAACUGGCAGGAAUUGCACGCGAAGCAGUUCAUACGGUCGGAACGGCACGUGGCUACGGAGACGUACGUGCCGUACAUCGAUAGUCUCCUGGAGCUACUAGGGGCGAAACCUACCUUUGGGCGCUUAUUAGGCCGGGUGUUUAGUAGUGGGAGUCCGCUGAGGGCGUUGAGCACGUUAUCUGCAGUAUAUUUUGGUUUGACGAGCAGUGCGCAGUGGAGGUUGUUUGGACAUGGGAGGAAGGAGGAGCUGGCGAGGGAGACGGUGCUGAGGAUUGCGGGGGAGAAGGGGGAGAUGACGAAGCGGGAGAGGGAGUUGCUGACAUUGCAAUAA